GAAGGUCAGAUAAGGACUGCCGUCUUGUUUUUUGGGUGUGGUAUUGAAGACUCACGAUUUACAGAAAUAAUGAGUGCAUCUAAACCCAAGGAAAGCGGUAAGAGGAGAAUCGAACCCUUUCUGAAUAGGAGCGAGCAGGAGUUUGUAGCCAGCAGGAGAAACACUGUUCUACAAACCCUGAAGAAGCUUAAGAUUCAAUGCAGUCGGAAAGAGGUGCCAAACAUAGCAUUACUGGGUUCUGGAGGAGGACAAAGAGCCAUGGUGGGUUUGCUGGGAUCCCUGGUUCAGCUUGAUAAAGCGGGUCUUCUGGACUGCAUCCUUUAUCUGAGCGGAGUCUCUGGAUCCACCUGGUGCAUGGCCUCCUUAUACCAAGAACCAGACUGGUCCACCAAACUAGAGACCGUGAAAGACAGAAUCAUCGAGAGAAUCAGAGGUCCAGGAGUCAGCUUGACAGACGCAAUGGCCAAACUGAAGAAAUAUUACUACGGGAAAGACUUCUUCAGCUUGACUGACGUCUGGGCAGUGAUGGUCAUCACGUCAUAUGUGAAAGAGAUCGACGAGCACGCACUCACAGAGCAGCGGAACCAGCACAAGAAAGACCCGUUUCCCAUCUACACAGUGAUCGACAAGCAAUGCAAACAGAGCAAUGAGCAGAGCAGAGACCCCUGGUUUGAGAUCAAUCCAUAUGAAGCAGGUUAUUCCCUCACUGGAGCGUUUGUGGACACCUGCGACUUUGGCAGCCAGUUUCACGAAGGCACAAAGAAAAAACAUCAGGAUGAAUUUGACAUGCUGUACCUGCAAGCUCUUUGCGGCAGCACUUUAGCGGAUGAAGUGGAUAUUAAGAAAACCAUGUGGCAAAAGAUAAGCGAUUUCUUUAAAAACGAAACAAUACUUGAGGCAAUGAGAGAGGAAGAGCGUGAGAUGAGUGAGAGGAGACAUGAAGCAAUGAGAAGAGAGAAGGAAACAGAUCUUGCGCCCGAAGCAGUACUGCACUCUUUUACAGAGCCCUGUCCGCCAGACUCCGACAAACGUGGGUUCCCUUCAGACGAUCCAAUCCCCCCAUCUUUAGACGAAUGUUACCGGGCGCUCAUGGAUGUUGUGGACAUGAAUAUCUCUGCUUUGAAUGGCGAAGAUACUUCUGGUUUUGAUAAAUCCAUCAGAACAAAUUUGAACGACCUCUCUGGAGGCAAAAGUCAGCUGAUUGAUCCAAUGAAAACACUGGAAACUGUUGAUAAAAGAGCAGAAAAACGGUAUAUAAAACGUUUCACCAUAGAUGUGUGCGAAGAUUUGAGUAGUCGGAUCAAAAUUUGGCUCAUUGAUGCUGGGAUUAGUAUUUGUAAAUGCAUGGCUCAGUGGAUCUGGGGAAGGAAAUAUAACUUCCUCCACAACAUGACAGAUGAAGCAGUGCACUCCACUAUUCUGCAAAGUGAGACGAGAGACUAUAUAGACGCAGGACUGCUGCUGAACUCACCCUACUUCUCAGUGCUGAGAGAAGAACGAGACAUCGACCUCAUCAUUUCCCUGGAUUUCAGUGAUGGAGAUCCUUUCAUGACAGUGAGAGAAGCUGCUAAAACGUGCAAGAAACUAAAGAUCCCUUUCCCUGAAGUCAACAUUCCCAGUGAUGAAGGGAAGAAACCAAAGGACUUCUAUGUGUUCAAAGGCCAAAACGCUCCAACCGUGAUUCACAUCCCUCUGUUUAAUGUGGUCAACUGUGGAGGCAAGUUAACAUCUUCCAGUCAUCCUGAAUAA